GGCGGAGUGAAUUCAGGAGCAUGACACGAUGGACGCUGUGAAGGGUCGUGGUGUUUUUAUUUUAAUUUUAGCCCUUUUCUCAGUCAGCUACGCAGAUGAUUAUGACUGCAAUGAACCCUUGCUGGAAAAGGCAUCUUUUUCUGCGACAUCAGCUCUCAGGGACAGAGGAGCUGAACAAGCACGCAUAGAUGGCAACAAUGCGUGGUCGGCGGCCAGCUCGGAUAUGGAGCAGUAUCUUGUGUUGGAUCUGAAGGAGCCGAUGAACGUGACUUCCAUCGCCACCAGGGGUAGGCCCAAGAAGAGCGAGUACGUCAUGGAGUACACCAUCAGCUACGGCACUAACGGACUUGACUACUCCGACUAUAAAGAGGCCGGGGGCAACGUCAAGACUUUUACUGGAAAUUGGAAUGGAGAUGAUAUUCAUCGGAACAAGUUUGAAGUCCCCAUUAUCGCUCAAUACAUUCGAAUCAAUCCCACAAGGUGGAGAGAGCGAAUUUCCCUCCGAGCCGAGCUCUAUGGCUGUGAUUAUGUUGCCGACAACCUGCAUUUCAACGGCAGCAGUUACGUUCGAUGGGACUUAAUUCGUCACCCGAUUUCCGCCUCCAGAGAGACAAUCCGGUUCAGGUUCAAAACCAACCAUGCUGACGGAGCGAUUUUAUACGGCCGAGGCUCGCAGGGUGAUUAUUAUGCUCUGCAGAUGAGAGAUAACAGAAUGCUGCUUAACAUCGAUCUCGGCGCUGGAGUGGUGACCAGUUUAUCUGUGGGAAGUCUUUUGGACAACAACCUGUGGCACGAUGUUGUCAUCUCCAGAAACAAGAGGGACAUCAUGUUCUCAGUUGAUCGAGUAGUGGUCAAGAGUGUAAUCAAAGGAGACUUCUCCAGGCUCAAUUUAAACAGAGAUCUGUUCAUCGGAGGUGUCCCCAAUCAACAAGAAGGUCUUGUUGUCAACAGAAAUUUCACUGGGUGUGUUGAAAACUUGUACCUGAAUGCAACAAACUUCAUCAGCGCAGUUAAAAAUCCGCCAGAGGAUGACUAUCACUUCCACUUUGAAAGAAUCAAUACAUUAUUUAGCUGUCCUGAAGUACAAUCCUUCCCUGUGACGUUUUUGACGCGCAACUCGUAUGCCCGCCUGGCUGGCUAUGAAGGGAUCAAAACCCUUAAUGUAUCCCUGUCCUUCCGCACCUACGAAGAAAGUGGAAUGUUGAUUUACCACAAGUUCACUUCUGAUGGAUACUUUUUGCUUCUACUUGAAAAGGGAAGGCUAAAAAUUGAAAUCAAAGUGAAUGGUCCGAAAACAAUUUUGGACAACUUUCCUGAUGAGACCUUCAAUGACGGCCGUUGGCAUCAAGUUAUUUUAACGAUGAGUGCAAACACAAUUAUACUCAAUGUUGAUGAAAGACCGAUGAGAACAUUGAGGCAAUUAGCAUUCUCAACAGGAAGCCACUUCUUGAUUGCAGGAGGUAGAUAUGGCACGCCUGGCUUUAUUGGGUGCAUGAGAAGGAUUUCCAUCAAUGGAAACUAUAGACCCCCUGUUGACUGGAAGGAAAAUGAAUUCUGUUGCAAAGAUGAGGUAGUGUUUGACUCAUGCCAGAUGAUCGACAGAUGCAAUCCCAAUCCAUGCCAGCACAAGGGCGUUUGCAAACAAAGUUCCAAAGACUUUUUCUGCGAAUGUGCUGACACUGGGUACUCUGGAGCAGUUUGUCACACUUCUCUUCACUCCCUUUCGUGUGCUGCUUUCAAAGAGAAAAACUCUGUUGAUCAGAACUCGAGGAUUUCAAUAGAUGUUGAUGGAAGCGGUCCUCUGGAUCCGUUCCCCGUGACAUGCGAAUUUUUCGCUGAUGGGCGUGUUUUGACUUUGGUUGGACAUCAAAAUCAGCAACCCAUCAGAGUCGAUGGGUUCCAGGAACCUGGAAGCUACUCUCAGGACAUUUUGUACGAAGCCGAUAAAUAUCAAAUUGAGGCUUUGAUGAAUAGAUCCCUCAGCUGCCACCAAAGAAUCACUUACAACUGCAGGCACUCUAAACUUUUCAACACUCCAGCCACCGAGGACACAUUUAGACCGCUUACGUGGUGGGUGUCGAAGAACAAUCAAAAGAUGGAUUAUUGGGGUGGUGCUCUGCCUGGUUCUCGAAGCUGUGAGUGCGGAAUUUGGGGCAACUGCAUUGAUGAAAGAAAAUCUUGUAACUGCGACGCAGACUUGGAUUCAUGGACUUCUGAUUCAGGAGACAUCACACAAAUGGAGCACCUUCCUGUCAAGCAAGUGCGAAUUGGUGACACUGGCACCCCUCUGGAUGAGAAGGAGGCCAUGUACACUUUAGGUCCUUUGGCUUGUGAAGGAGACAGUUUGUUCAACAACAUUGUCACUUUCCGCAUCAGCGACGCAAGUAUUAAUCUGCCAAGGUUUGAUAUGGGUCACAUUGGAGAUAUUUAUCUGGAAUUCAAAACAACCACAGCCGAUGCUGUGAUUCUACACAGCACAGGAGAGUCCGACUACAUCAAGCUCUCAAUUAUUGGUGGUGACCAGCUGCAGUUCCAGUACCAGGCAGGUAGUGGUCCAUUAGGUGUCAACGUGGAAACUUCCUACAGAUUGGCCGACGACAAUUGGCAUUCCGUCUUGGUCGAGAGGAACAGGAAGGAAGCUAGAAUUGUCGUAGACGGAGCUUUGAAAGCAUCAGUCAGAGAGCCUCCUGGUCCUGUCAGGGCACUGCACCUCACCUCUGACCUUGUCAUUGGCUCCUCUGUUGACUACAGAGACGGUUACGUCGGCUGCAUCAGAGCUUUGCUUUUGAACGGUGAUCUUGUCGAUUUGAGGAAAUACGCUGAACGAGGAAUCUAUGGUGUUACUCCUGGUUGCGUUGGAAAGUGCGAAAGCAAUCCUUGCUUGAAUAAUGGCACUUGUCACGAAAAGUACGAUGGCUACAGCUGCGAUUGUAGGUGGACGGCAUUUAAGGGUCCUAUUUGUGCUGAUGAAAUUGGAGUGAAUUUAAGAUCUAACUCUUACGUCAAGUACGAUUUCAUGGGAAGCUGGCGUUCAACAAUCUCAGAAAAGAUACGAGUUGGUUUCACCACCACAAAUCCUAAAGGGUUCCUUCUCGGCUUUUUCUCAAACAUUACUGGAGAGUACAUGACUAUUGCUGUAUCCAACAGCGGUCACUUGCGAGUUGUGCUGGACUUUGGUUUCGAAAGGCAAGAGUUGAUUUACCAAGGCCAUCACUUUGGUCUGGGCCAGUAUCAUGAUGUCAGAAUCACCAGGAGAGAUUCUGGCUCAAAGUUAAUUAUGCAGGUUGACGAAAACGAGCCUCAAGAAUUCAUAUUCAACAUCAAAGCCUCGGCUGAUGCACAGUUCAACAACAUUCAGUACAUGUACAUUGGCAAAAACGAAUCUAUGACUGAGGGCUUUGUUGGCUGCGUGUCCAGGGUGGAGUUUGAUGACAUCUUCCCUUUGAAGCUUGCUUUCCAAGAAAAUGGCCCUGCUAACGUUCGUUCAGGAGGAGACGCCUUGACUGAGGACUUCUGUGGAGUUGAGCCAGUGACCCACCCACCUCCUGUAAAGGAGACCAGGCCCCCACCGGAUGUUGACAAAGACAAACUGGAGGCUGCUUAUAACCGCACAAACUCGGCAGUUCUUGGAAGCAUUCUGGCCUUGAUUUUCAUCGCGCUGCUGGUCAUGCUCUUGCUGAUUGGUCGGUAUGUGUCCCGUCACAAGGGCGAGUACCUGACCCAGGAGGACAAAGGUGCUGAUCAGGCCCUCGAUCCCGACGAGGCCAUCAUCAAUGCUGCCACUGGACACCAAGUGACCCAAAAGAAGGAGUUCUACAUAUAGAGCGGACAAGCUAGUGAGCCAAAAUAUAGCAGACUUUCUUAUUGCCCCUUCACUAUAAUCAACGAGCAUCCAGCUAACUCCUUUUUUACUACGAUGUCAAGACUAGUGCUAGGUUGACUCAUGUUAAACAGUAUUUUCAUCUUAACGGAAAGGCACAAUGAGGUUGUGACAGACUGGCCGACACUGAUAUUAUCAUUCCUUUAUUUUUCUAAUUUGACGCAUAUUUUUUUUUGCAAUUGGGAAUUUUUUUCCACCGCAGGACUAGCUGCAUACUUAUUUUCUUUCAGAAUAUUUUUAAAAUUAUUCUAUAUUUUUGACUUAAUAUUUAGAUGAACGAAAUCAAAGAAUUUAUUUAUCAUUUAAAACGAUUCCAUCCAUUUUACUGAUCUGAUUUGAUAGCGUGUAAAUACUUAUAUCUUUAUUUUGAGUGUACGUAUUAUGUUUCAUUCCACAAAUCUAACAAUAAGUUGUUUACAAUUCAUUUCAAUUGAUUUGUUGUUGUGUUUGCCAUACUAUGGUCGAGGAAGUUUGGAGUAAGAUAGGAAUCCAUAAUCAUCACAAAUUUAACGUCAUACUGAUAUUAUUAUACCAGGAUAUUACAAGUUAAGUACAUACAUCUAAUUCAUUAUAAUUUUUUGGUGUUUUGGAAAAAGUGUCGUUCAGAUGUAUUAUUACAUUGUAAAGAUGUGUUUAUUAAAAUCAAGGCAUAUUAUAUCGAAAUUCAAAAUCCAACUAGAGGAUAUUUUUAUUGUUGCUAAUAAUUAUGUGUAAAAUAUUUCAAGAGUCUCCCAUAUUGAUCUAUCCAGCAGAUGCAAGUCACUGCAAAAUUCAUGUAGUCAAACAAAGUUUGAUAUUUUUGCUAAACUCAAUUUCCUCAAGAGUGCUUUGCAUAAAGAAAUUCUAUGAAAUUGCAAAUUCCUGCAUCUUCGCAAGAAAUGAAACUAAACAACAGCAAUUUGAUGGCCAAUUGUUUAAAAAAAAUCAAAACUUAUUUGACUCCGCUGUAACCUUUUGGAUUAUAAACAUGUAUGUUGUGAGAGCACAGACAUACACAGAACUACCGCAUUUGGACACUUAAAGUGUUUAGAAUAAUUUCAAAUCUAGUUAAAAUUCAUGUACAAGUCUUUGGCUGAAAAUGUUAAAAUUUGGGAAGUUGUGAAUGAAAAAUUUUUUGUUGGUCUAAAUUAAGGAAGUAAAAAAUAAUUUUAUAAAAAAAUCUUGUAUGCAAAAUGUUGAAAUAAAAAUUCAUGACUCUCAAACCAA